CCGGCGCGGGUACGGGUCGGCGCACGCGGUCUCGGUUCGGUUGACUUUGCGGAGCCAUGGAGGGUGGCUUCGGCUCGGACUUCGGGAGCUCCGGCGGCGGCAAACUGGACCCGGGGCUCAUCAUGGAGCAGGUGAAGGUGCAGAUCGCCGUGGCUAACGCGCAGGAGCUGCUGCAGAGGAUGACGGACAAGUGCUUCCGGAAGUGCAUCGGGAAGCCGGGGGGCUCCCUGGACAAUUCGGAGCAGAAGUGUAUCGCCAUGUGCAUGGACCGCUACAUGGACGCCUGGAACACCGUGUCCCGCGCCUACAACUCGCGGCUACAGCGGGAGCGAGCCAACAUGUGACCCGCCCCCCCGCGCCGCGUCCGGCCCCGCGGGCUCCCGGCAGGCCCCCACCCCAGUCCCCUUUUCCGUUUCCAUAAAGGCCCUUUGUGAAGCGGGGGCCCGCCUGUG